AUCAAAGUCCCUCUUUACAUCAAGGUCCCCAUUAGAGUCCCUCCUUACAUCAGGCUCCCCAACAAAGUCCCUCCUUACAUUAGUGUCCCUACCAGAGUCCUUCCUUACAUCAGGGUCCCCAUCAGAGUCCCUCCUUACAUCAGGGUCCCCAUUAGAGUCCCUCCUUACAUUAGGGUCCCCAUUAGAGUCCCUCCUUACAUCAAGCUCCCCACCAAAGUCCCUCCUUACAUUAGGUCCCCAUCAGAGUCCCUCCUUACAUCAGGGUCCCCAUCAGAGUCCCUCCUUACAUCAGGGCCCCCAUCAGAGUCCCUCCUUACAUCAGGGUCCCCAUCAGAGUCCCUCCUUACAUCAGGGUCCCCAUCAGAGUCCCUCCUUACAUCAGGGUCCCCAUUAGAGUCCCUCCUUACAUCAGGCUCCCCACCAAAGUGCCUCCUUACAUUAGUGUCCCUAGCAGAGCCCCCCACUUACAUCAGUGUCUCCAUCAAAGUCCCCUUUACAUCAGGGUCCCCAUCAGAGUCCCUCCUUACAUCA